AUGCCCAAGGCCUGCUCCUCCUCAUCGGCCCGACCUGCUCUACGAAGAAACCAGGCAUGCCUCGCAUGUCGCAAGAGGAAACUGAAAUGCGACGCCUCGCGCCCCCACUGCGGCACAUGCGUCAAACAAUGGCAGGCAUUGAUCAGUGUCCCGCCGCCAGUGGGUUAUGCGCAUCCCCCUGAGCCUCAAUGCUCCUACGACCCAAUUGAAGGUUUGGCUAUCGCUCCUGACGUCGACCCCACCGAGAAGAUCAGGAUUCUCGAGGAGCAGAUAUGUACGUCCGCUAAUCAUAGUACUCUCAUAGGCCUAUUUCUUAGCAAGUCUCUCAGCCCAACUCAAAAGCCAGCUCAACCAAACACGCCGGCUGACCUCGGGCUCCGCGUCCCCACCGGGGCCUUAUCCUCGGCCAGGGUCCACAUGUCAUCAGGCAGUCCAGACUCGCAAGGACGUAGCUUUAGCGGCAGCCCAGACCUGUCUGCCGCGAGUCAGCCACCUUCUAUGGCGGAAAUGGAUAUGCUCCUGAACGGAUGGGAUGUUGAUCUUCCACGGCGUGAUGUGCUGAAUCAUUAUGUGGAUGUCUACUUCCGCUGUGACCCUUGUAGCACGCAUGUACUCCACCGCCCGUCGUUCCUCGCGUCUCUAGACCUGCAUCCAAGAGAUCCGAGCUUUCCACACUCAGCGAUACUGCAUGCUAUUUGUGCAUCAGCAUCACGAUGGGUUUCCAACGAUACCGUCACGCUACCUGACGGUACGCGCCAGGACAAGUUUGCAGAGCGGCACGUCCGCAAGACACGCGAGUACAUCGACAAGACCAUGGCGACGGGGCAGGACAUCUUUCAAGUGCUGCAGGCAUGCUUGCUGCUUUCGUGGUACUUCUAUCAAGAAGGCCGCUGGGUCGAGGUCUGGAUAUUCGCGGGCUUCCAGGCGCGCGUAGCCGUGCCGCUCCGAUUGAAUUACCCCGGCACGUUCUCCGCGCAGAGCUCUAAUGCACCCGGGGGCUACCUCCCGCCGCCGAGGGACUUCAGGGACCUUGAGGCACGGCGGAGGACGUGGUGGAUGACAGUCAUGUUCGACCGCAUUGUGUCUAUGGGUGGGUGGGUGCACAGCAUUGACCAGAGGGACAUCGGCACGGAAUUCCCCGUACGAUUGAUCGAUUUCGAGGCCGACUCGGGGAUUGCGAGCAAUCCGCAGGAUCUGGCCUCGAAGGAGGUGUUCAUUCGGCACCCGCCGGAAUAUACGGAUUCGUUCUUGUUGUUCCUCAAGUCGGUCAUGCUGUUCGGGAUGGUUACGGACUACAACACGCGGAGUAGUCUCCGCGCGCCCGCGCCACCGUCAAAAAACCAGAAUCCGUUUCAUAUGCACGGGUUCCAGGAGCUUGACAAGCUCGUGUGCCUCGACUUCCUGGACAGCUUCCCGCAGGCGUUCAGGCAUAUGGGUCUCACUGGUGACGCGGGUGUUCUUGACACAGACCUGUACAUGGCGCGCAUAGCACCCCAUGCAGCGGCGAUCACCCUCCAUAAUCCGUACAUCAACUUCAGCGACCCGUCAAGCGUCUCGACAGCCCGAUGCGUCACAGCCACCAGGGAGAUUCUGCGGGCAUGCUACAAGCUUUCCGAAACGUCCCUUGAGACCACCCGGUUGCACCCUUUCGUGACAAUCGUCUGGUACUUGGCUGCUGUAGUUCAGAUCCAGCUAUGCAAAUAUUUCAUCGAGAUCGGCGAUGUCGCGCGGGAGUCGACGGUCUGGGGCGAAAUAAACGCACUCCGCUUCGCCAUGCUUACCUACGGCAGCCGCUCGCCCAUCGGCACCCGCCAGGAGAAGCUGCUGCAGGGCCUCAUGACGGAGAUCGUCCGCAUGACGUCUCAGCCCCAGCCGCUCGAGGUCGGCGUGCCGCUGUAUCCCUUCUCGCACGCGAGCGCGUUCUCGAAAGAGGCGACAUCGCAGGACCUGGUGUGCGCGCCCCUGCCCGGGGCGCAAUCGUUCGAGGUCCCGUCGUCGAUGGUGCCGCCCAUGAUGCCCACGCUGCCGACCCACUCCGCCGCGGCGGACAACUGGGCGCGACACGCCGUCAUGUCGCCAUCUCUCGCACAUGCUACUGCUACCAACAUGCACCAACACCCCACCGCCCUGUCCGUGUCGUCCUACCCGAGAGGAUACUGAGAGGACCCACUUCCGUGCAGAACAGGCCCAUGCGCCAUGGACCAUUAUAGUUCUGCGGAAGUUUCAUGCACGCCUCCGCUGGUCUCUACUCCGCUCACGCUUAUACCUAUGCUCUUGUACUUGUAGGGACCUAUGGUGCCCAGACUACUAGCUGUAUAUUAUCCGCCUUACAUUGUAGUAUAUCUUCCGUCGUUUAGUCCUUGCUAUCUGCCUAGAACCCUGGGGAUGUAUCGUUAUUUUUUGUUACACAUUUAGCUAUUUUGAUAUCCGUCUG